AUGGCGCGAAUGAAAUAUCCUGGAACUAAGAAGGCCCGAUGUGCUCCUGAGAAAAAGGAGAAUUUUACCAUGUCCAGACUGAUUAAACAAGAGCAGCUUGGAGAAAAGCUUAAGAGCUCAGUCAAGAAACCAGUUUGUAUCAGCCUUCGAAAAUACCGUGAAAUCUUCGGAGAUUCCGAUGAAGAGGUGCUUCAUCAAUUUUCCAAUGAAUGCUUAUUUCAUAGUUUUGUUUAUGAGGCCUGUUCUCUUCUUUGGAAAAGCAAGCUUGAUUGUUUUGUAAACUUCUGAUUUUUUAUUUUGAUUAUAGGAAGAAGAAUUUUAUGGUUUUCGUUCUGAGGAUUUAGGUUUGAAAGCUUAUCGCUCUUUCUCUGUCAAAGAUUAUUUGGAUGGCAGCGAAAGAGUUAGUUAUCGUAAAGAUGGCGCCAGAGACCGGCCAUCAAGACAUUCAAGUGGUAAUGUGCCUAAAACACUCACAGCUGAAUCCCUUCAGCGUAAGAACAACGCGAGUGAAGCAGAUAAUAAACCUUCCGCAGCAUCAACGAGCCAAAAUGUGUACGCGAAGCAGUACAGAAAGAGAGAUUCGUACGAAAGAAGAUUCGCGCGACCCUCCAAAGAAUUCGAUAAGGCUUGUCUGUCACCAAACGUGAAAUCAACAACACAAGUCAGAGCGAAUUUUGUACCGCGGGUCCAGAAACCUUCAAUGGGUGAAGGAAUCAAUCGCCAUAUAUCGCCUAACACACAUAAUAUCAAUUUCCAUUUAAAGAAAAAGGCUGUGCCUCUGGCGAAACAAUUGGUUGCAAAAGCGAAGGAGGGCCAGAGAAUUCGGAAGCAAAGAAAGUUUGAUGAAGUAAACAAAGAGGGCCAACCAUUACGAUCGCGGUCUGGCCGUGUAGUGAAAAGUAAAAAGUUAGACUAUGACGAUGUCACAUCGCCGAAAUUUAAAAUCAGCGGAGAUGAAAGGAGCACAACUGGAUCGUCAAACUAUGUUAAUCGAGUCGCUCAGAAAAGACGCUUGGAAGAUGGCGAAGUUCCUCCGAACAAAGCUUUUCGAACUGCGAAGGUGAAACUGGAAAAAGUGGAGUUACCAGGUGAUCAACGAGUCUACGUGAAUAAUCCAGGUAUCUGAAAUUUUGUGAGGCAGUGCUAGAAAAUAUUUCUUUGUUUAUUUUAGUUAAGUAGUUUUAUUCUUAAUCAUGAUGAGUUUGGUUUUUUUGUUUUGUUUGAAGAUCAGAGGAACCUACAUGCAUGUUUAGCAUUAAAGAAACAAAAUAAGUGAUUUAAGAUAAUGACUUACAAUCCCCAAAAGAGUCAUCAAAAUUAAAUCAUAUUACUCCUUGCCGUAUCAAUGGGUUAUACAGAAAGAUUAAAUAUACAAUAUAAAAAAAAGAGCCAGAAUGAAGACUAGAUUUUUUAAAAUUAUGGUGGUGAUGUGCAUGAAAUUCUCACAACCUGUAUGAAAUAAGUAAAGGGAAAUAUAGACAUGGUUUAAUGCUACUCUGGUUGAAAGAUUUAAUGAAUGUGACCAAGAAGUUACAAUUCAUAGACCCAAUGUUUCGACUGUCUUGUGCCUUCAUCAGAGGUGAUCUAAAUGCUGCAACAAGAGGUCCUUUCAUACACUCAGUAAUUAGCUGCCCUUUUUUUCUGAUGAGGUGUAAAUAGGCGUCAGGAAGCAGGCGGCCAUCAUCACGAUUUAAAGGAGCGCGGGUGGAGUUGAUAUGCUAGGCUUCCAAACAAAGGUGCUGGUUAGGCGUGUGUGCUCAAAUAAAGCUGAAUUUUCUUUUUUUCCAAAAAGGACUGCUUUUUGAUGUUCUAAUGUGUACCAAACUGACAUUUGGUCUCUCUGAUAUACUUGUUAACACAGUCAUUGCACGAAAUAGAAUCAAUAGAGCGCCGGUUAGUUGUUCUUCCGUGACAGGAUCCUUAGGAUUGCAAAAAAUUAUUUGUACCUACUAGGUCAUCAACAACUCUUCUGAAAAUGAGAACUUGUUUUAAAUUUGCUGAAAGAUCAGGAAAUUCAAACCAAACAUCUCUGUAAUCAAAGAAAGUGUGUAAUUUUUUUUUAGAAACUUUCGGCAUACUACUCCUGUCCCAUGAUAAUAUCCUCUGUUCAAUCACAGUUCUGUAAUAUUUGUAAUUUGUCUACCUCUGGAUUGCAAUACCCCUUGAAUGGUCAGCUAUGUGAAAUAAUAAGCUUAAAAGCUAAAUUGUGUUGCUUCUUAUUAUGUACUCAUCAAAUAUCUGGUUCCUUUUUUGUCAAGGAUAACCAUGAAUAGAUUUAAAGACCAAAUAUUGAAUUUCUGUUCUCUAGUCCCUCAAGAUUUUAGCCUCUUAGAUCAAUAAGACAUGUUUAAUUUUGGAAACACCUCUUGAAAGAAAAGUUGUCCUAGAGUUGCUUUUAUUAUGGGGAAUGACCCUUGGAAAGGAAAAUAAUAAAAUUAAAAGUAUAGAAAGGUGUUUUUAGUAACGUUUACCCAGAGCUUAAAAAGUAUGUCAUAAGGAGAUUUUGCAUAGUAAAAACAAAUGGAAAAAAUGCAUAAACUGCUCAUUCAUUUUGUGACCAAUCAUAACUCAUGAUGUUUUUAACCCUUUAACUCCCAUGAGUGACCAAGACAGAAUUUCUCCUUACAAUAUCAAUGUUAUAUCAACUAGAUAUAUGAUGAGAAUAAAGAAAAAUAUCAAUUUGGGGAUAAUUAGUUGAUCCAAUACUAAAAUCUCUUAACUAACAUUAUAAGAAUUGUAUGGUUGACAGUAAGAACAAUAAAAAAUUUGAUCUGGGAGUUAAAAGGUUAGAGAUCUUUAUGCAAUUACAAAAAAAUCACAAGAUCAUUCUUACCUUUGUUUUCAUGUUGAUCCAAUUUGCUGUGUUCUUUAAUAGCCUUAUUUCAGGUCUGGGUAAAUAAUUUUCUACCAAAGGAGAAACGAUGUAAAGUUAAUUUUAUUUCCAGAAGGAAUUAGUUUGGUUAUCAUUGCCCUCCAGUUAAGCUACAUUUUUAAGAACAUAACAGGGAUCUAUAUAACUAUAGCUUGUAAAAUGAACCUUAACAAAUAUAAAUUUGUUCUUUACAGAUUCACCCACUGGAUUUGAAAUCCAGACAUUGAGUUCUGCUGACUUGCAGGUAUGUCAAGAAAAAACAGUUGCACAGCUGUUGGAAUUAAGAUUGUGGUAUAAUUAUUUUAUCAAAAAAGAAAAUUACCUUAGAUUUUCUUCAAAACAAAUAGGAAGCACUAAACAAUGAUGGGGUUGGUAUGGGCCGUGGAAAACCUGGAAAGUUAUGAAAUUUUAUAAUUUCAUUUUCCAGGCCUGGAAAGUCAUGAAAUUUAGGUUUGGCUUCUGUAAAAUCAUAGAAAGCCAUGGAAAAUAAGCAGGCCUUUAAUGAGCACAAAGCAAUGUAGAUCCAUACAUCCAAGGAGAACUUGGCUAACAGUCAAGCCUCUUGAGCUGGCAAUCGUUUCCUUAAUUCUCGUGACCUUAACAUUUGAUUCAGGGGUGACACUGUUGAGAGAAAUUAGAUCCUGAUCUCAAGGAGUUAACCCUUUGACCCUUAAAAAGCUCUUGAUUGUGUAGCAAAUUCUCCUUGUUAGACCCCAUAGGAAAUGUAUAGAGAACAGUAUGGAGAAUAUGCAUACUGAUGUUGCAGUAUAGAGGGAUAAGGAUUACCUAACUGUAGGAAGUAUUCUGAUAAGGAAAUGAAUUUUUUUUCUUCCAUUCAUACCAUGCUCUUUGGUUUCUCAGGGCUCUAGAUUUGGAUUUACAGAUGUGCCAUCUCAAGGAUCAUUGCCAAAUAAUGCACCUCAGCAUUCUUCAUACAGCAGGAAAGUUCGUAUCAAAAAUUCUGCAAGGAUGAAAAAUGUAAAGAACGCUAAAAUUCAUUAUCAACCUGCUAAAUUCCCAAAUCAAGGUAUACAGAGAGUGAAAACUAUUAGAACUUCCAAUUUAUCACAGACUUUGAAAUUGCAGAGACCUACCAAAGGUCGGUCGAGUAAUAAAGAAACCUGCGGAAAGAGAUCAGAGAGAAUCAAAAUAAAGAAACAGAAUGAUGAACUCUUUUCAGUGAAAAAUGGUGAGGAAGAGAUGGAAGAUCAAGCUAGCAAUGGAUCUUCACAUUCAGAGGUUUCAUCCACACACAGCGAUGUUUCAAGUAGGAAAACACCCAGCUCGGCUCACAAACAUUUUUUUAAAUCAAAACGAUUGCAAGAGUUGCAGGAAAAGAUUGAGAGUGAAACAAGAGAAGAUACAUUUAUGAACAUGGCAGAAGAGACUGCAUGUAGGGCAGGGGAAAUACGGAGACAUUCAAAAGAGCAAAAUGAAGUUGGUGUAGACUCUGAUGCAGAAAGAAAAAGUAGACCAAGAUCAAGACGCCCAAGUCAAGAAGAAAGCAGGAGUUCUGCAGAUGAGGGAGCAGCUUCUGAAAAAUCAGUUCCAGCAAAGAAAAAACAACCACGUGCAAAAAAGACACAAUUAUCAAGACUACAAGCCUUGCGAGAGGAUGGUGAAUUACCUAGUUCAAGUGAUGAUGAGGAAAGUAGUAAGCCACUUUCACAGGUCAAAAAAGAGCUUAAGAAAGAGCAGAGGGAAGAAAACCAGGAAAGAGUAGUAAAGAAAGUUAUCAAAGUUGUUAGGAAAAUAAGAACAAAGAGUGGAGAAACAAAAACAAAGGUUGUGAGAAUAAUUAAGAAAAUUGGUGUUCGGAAAAAGGAGAGGGACACUAACAUUCCAUUGGUUCCAGGAAGAAGAAGGAUUCGCUGUGGUCAAUGUGUAGGAUGCAAAGUCCUAGAUGAUUGUGGUGUAUGUCGCUGGUGCAUGUAAGUCUCAGAAAUUGUAAUGAUGAAAGUCUUUCCUUGCACCUAUUUCAUUUUUAGAGAAAGAUGUUUUUCAUCUUGUCAUGAGUGUGGAACAAAGAGAAAAUUUUGAGUCCCCAUGAGGAAUUGAACCUCAGACCCUUUGGAUUCUGCACUCUGAUGCUCUGAUAUGGAAUCCAAAAGGUCUGAGGUUUGAUUCCUCAUGGGGACUCUAUGUCUCACACUCUUGACAAGACGAAAAACAUCUUUCCUCUAUUUCAUUACCAAGCUCAAAACUUACCAUCUCCCUUAUUCUAUUUCCUUUUUUUACAAUUUCCUGUAUUUCCCAUCAGAGACAAGCCGAAGUUUGGGGGACCGGGUACUAGCAAACAGUCGUGUGUGUAAGUAUAUGUUUACUUUUGCUCUACACGAGUCAUUGAUUAUUUCAAGUGUUUGACUUAAUAUUACUUACUUAAAAUAAUCAUUAAAAAAACUGAACUAAUCUUUCAAGUCCAAAUUGCACAUGUAGUUAUGAAUAUCUUAUUCAAUGUUUUGGUGUGUAGUAUUGCUAAGGAUUUUUGUGAGUUGUGUCGUAUUUUGACAAGCCUUCAAGGUGAGUCGAAAUACAAACAAUGCAUAUAGAAAUACUAAGUGAUACUACACACCAAAAUGUCCAAUAAGUUAUCUAUUAUCCAACUCCUUUUUUCGGUACCAAGUGUCUAUGCUCGUUUCUCAUAAGGCUGGAAAAGUAAAGCAGCUAGAGAAGUAUAGCAUAUGCAGCUGACUGGUUAAACAGGUUUUUUUAUAUUACAAAAUAAUCAACUGUACAAUUUUGCAAGAUAUUUGUACUCUAUUCAGGCAUUUUUUGUACUCUACUUUGUACAGUUAGAUAAUAAAAAUAGGUCGGUAUAGAGAGUAUCGAUGUUGGCUGUGGUAAAUUUAUUGACUUAUUAGAUACCUAUUAAAAAUUUUGCUAUAAAAAAUGAUACUGGCAGAAGUUGAAGAGUAUAAAUAUGUAGGUAAGUAGCUGUCAUUGUGAGUGAAUUUCUAAGCAAUUGUUUUGAGUCAAGUAUUUAAAACUAAUUGAAGCAUUUUCUACUGAAUUUCAGGAAACGCAAGUGUAUUGAUCCUCAGCCUCCAAAACCCAAAGGUGUACCUUACAGGAGACUAGUCAAAGGUACAUAAUUGUAUGUCAGACGACAGAACAUUAUCUGUGUAAAGUUCUAUUAUCAUUGGGUCAGAUUAAAAACUUUCUUUUUGCAUGUACAUGUAUUAAAUAAAGUUUGGUGGUUUACUAAUACCUUUAAUAACUAUUGGCAUUUCAGUUGAGCCAAAUUGAUUAAGUUUGAAUAUUCUCAUUACUUGUUUACUGAAGAAUGUAUGGAUAUUGUAGGGAGAAGUUUUAUGUUAAUCACUACUGGAAGUUAGAAGGUUAAAUGUUUAUUUUUGUGAUCAAUGUAAAGGGAUCACAUACUCAAAAUGCGCUAAGUUUCUUUUUCUAAUUUUUGUCUGCACACCACAGUUUUAGCUAGAAGCCCUGGAAAUGUCUUCAGUUUGUGUAGUUCUUUAAAGUAAUAUUUUUAUAAUCUUACAUGCAGAUUCUAAUACAACAGUGAAAAAGAGACCACCCUCAAAGAAUGACACUGCCCUCAAAGUCAAGGGCUCCAAGAAAGGUCAAAACCAGAUGUCAUCUUCAACUGCAAAGAAACCUGUGGCAUCAGUUAAACCACCACCCUGUGGCAAGAGACAAGCAGUAAUGGCUGAUAUUCCUUUGGUAAAACUACCUUGGAGUGUAAGUACACAAUUACUUCAAACUGUAGUUACUGGAAAUCUUGAGUCUUACGUCAAUCUCAAGAUCUAAGUUGUGAAUGGAACUCACCUUUUAUCAUUGUCUCAUUCUUGCAAAAACACAAAUAACCCGCUUUUUAUUCCACUGCUGAGCCCAAAACUUACACUUGCACCAGUACUGAUCCUAGCAAUAUGCUGGAUGUGUGUCAUAUAUGAAGGUAGUCAUAGCCUACACUGUAACUCGCCUAACAGCAAGGUCUUAGGCCUGGUUCCCGAUGGGAAUUCAGAUUUUCUUUUGUCUUGUGCUCCUGAAAAGACAAAUUAUAUUUUUCUUUAAUCUUGAGACUUGUUCAUGAAACAAAUUUUAGUUUUGUUUUUUUUAUAUUGAAGCAAUUUUCAUCAAUAUUCCUAAGAGUCAAUUCAAUUUUUGUGAUGUAAAGAAAAGUUCUGUCAUGUUGUUGAUAAAACCAGAACAUUUCCUGGGUUCCCCCUCCCCCAACAUUCUAUGCAGAUUAAUAUAUGUGUACGAGUAAACUGAAUGGAAGUUAGGUCCCUUACUUGAUUAAAUAUUAUUGGGUGUAAUGUUUCCAUACAUUUAGGACAACAGCACAGAGGAAGAAAUUUGGAAGGAAGGCUUUGCAGUUUGUUUUACAGCUGGUGUUCCAAGUAUUGUCAAGGAACUCUGUUUUCUCUGUGGUAGCAAGGGCAGUGAAAAGGUUGGAUUUCAAGUUCCCUUUUACACACAGCUUUGUUGUCAUCUGAAUUUUUCAAACAUGAAUUGUUGAUAGUUUAUAAAAAUAGAUUUUUUUUAUCAGUAGUCUUCAAAAUAAUUCUUUUGACCAGUAAUGAUUUUUUUCAUCAAUAACACUUCCUUUUAAAGGUUACUGUAUUUUCUUUGAUUGCAGUAUGCCUGUGGCAAUCAUUUCUUCUAGAUUCCUUAAUGAGGACCAACUAACUUAUGAAGUUACUUGUUGGGAGUGAUGUAAAUUUUAGGGGAUUCUUGGUUCUCAUAAAGGAAUCUGCUCAAAAUUAUACAUAAAAAAAGGAAAAAAUGUUUUGCAAUGGAGGUAAUAUAUAAAUAAUGAAAUGACUACCACAGGCAUAGUGCAAUCAAAGAAAAUACAGUUACCUUAUAAAAGAAGUUUUAUUGAUGGAAACAUUUUAUAACAUAGCUAGUAAAUUUGUCUAAUCAAAUUCAAUUGUGCAAGUGUGCUUCAUAUUCCUAUUAUGCACACUCAUGACAUCAGCAAACAUAUCCCUAGAGGAAAAAAUUUUCCAUUGAGUUGAAAAUGUUAUAAAACAAUUGGUUCAUACGUCAGCUGUGCAUUCAUCAAGAUAUGAAGCACUUGGGAAGUUUAGAGAGCACUCAAGAAGCUAGAGUUGCUCUCGGCUACACCUCAAGCAACUCUUACACAUCUUUCAUGCUCUCCAAACUUCCUGCGUGCUUCAUAUCUUGAUGAACGCACGCUAUGACGCUAUGACAUAUGAACCAAUUGUUAAAUUACUGGUCAACAGAAUUAUCUUGAAGACUACUGAAAAAAAAUCUAUUUUUAUAAACUAUCAACAAUUCAUGUUUGAACCUGUAUUAAGCAGCACUGUAUCAAGUGGUCACCCUGUAUUAAGCACUGAGUUUUCCAAAAUUCCCCAAUUUUUUUUGUAGUAGUAGUAGUAGUACUUUAAUUUUUACCUCUAUUAAACAGUCACCUUUGUUAUCCUUUAACUCCCAAGAUCUUAUUAGUAAUUCUCCUUACUGUCUCUCAUAUAAAUCUUGUGAUGUUAGUUCAGAGUAUUGGGUUUUAGAUCAACUAAUAAUCCCCUAAUUUAUAUAUUUUUUUGUUCUCAUCACUUGUCUGCUUGAUGUUGUAUUGAUAUUGUAAGGAGAAAUUCUGUCUUGGUCACUCAUGGGAGUUAAAGGGCUAGGCAGUCGUGGUCAUCCUUUACUGGGUUCAGACAGCCUGUUUGUAUUGUCUUCUGCCUGUAUUUAACAGUCACUUAAAGAUAAACCACUCAAAUUUAACUAAGAAUAAUUUUUUAAGCAAAAUUUAAUCCAUGUUUAUCUCCUGAAAUCAAUGUUAGUAGUAUUUUGACAAACUUUUUGUGUAGUAAGUGAUCAGUUGUGAUAUUGAAGAAAUGUAAAAUGGUUUCCAUGUUUACAUAGCCUGAUGUAAACACGCGGGAGGUUGGGAGAACACGAGAUAAGUGUAGGAAACCACGACGCGAAGCAGAGUGGUUUCCAGCUUAUCGAGUGUUCUCCCAACCUCCCAAGUGUUUACAUCAGGCUAUGUAAACACAGAAACCAUUUUACAUUUCUUUUAUAAAAUAACUUAUGAAAGAGGAAUGAAAACCGUGUUUACAUACACUCAUGUAAAAUGGUUUUAUGGCCAAUCAGAGCAUGCAUACUAUUUGAAUUAUUUUAUAAAAAAUGAUGUUUUUUAUUGUUUCUAUAUAAUACCCCUAUUCCUUAGAACCUGUAAAAUACCAAUUUUUAUCUAUUUUUUUCAAUACCCCUAUUCUAUGAUACCUAUAUUUAGCAGUCACUCUGCCAUUCCUGGGGAUGACAGCUUAAUACAGGUUCAACUGCAGUAUCCUGAAGGCACAGGUUCAAAGUCCAUAAGAGCUUGGAUUUUUUGGGCUCCUUUUACUGCAAUUUCUUUUAUUGCAACUCACCUGCAGAGCUUUUUUUGUUAUUGUCUAUUUCCCUAGAUGUUCUACUGCAGAGUUUGUUCUGAGCCUUUCCAUGGAUUCUGUCUUGAUGAAGAACCAAUUGAUGAGACAACAUGGUGUUGUGACAACUGCAGCAGUUGUAGUGUUUGUGGAUAUCAAGAUAAGGUGACUAUAAAAUGAACUGAUUCUCCCUGUGUACUGUUAUGCAUGUAUAUUUAUUUGUAUGUUAAUACAAAGAAUUUGAUUUUGAAUCAAGACAAUAUCUGAUAGUUGAUCAGUUUUUGUAGUCUCCACACUAGUCUCUGAGGUGAUCUGUUGAUGUUUGCUAGGAGAAUUAUAGCACUGAUUGCAAGAGGGGUUUUGAUUGGUGAACAAGAGCUCAACCUGGUAUAUGUAGAUCAAAAUUCUUGGAUGGGUUUGAUAACUGGCCUUAAACAAAAAAUCAGCUUUCAUAUAUUUUUUAAUGAUUACCUUGCAUUUAAUCAUUUUUUAGAGUCUAUCACUUUUUUUUUUUUUUUGUUAAAUCACUUUUUGAUGUUUUGCUUCAGCUCCUGAUGUGCGACCGUUGUCAGCGUGGAUAUCAUGUUGAAUGCUUAGGUCCAUUUUAUCCCACAGAGCCAGAGGGAGAUGAUGAUGUUUGGGUGAGUAAAAUUUAAGUUACUGGAAUCAUCAGUUGGUCUGAGAUGGAAUGUACUGUCAUGAUUUUAUGGUGUAGUCUGAUCAUGGGGAUGAAAGUAGUCUUGUUAAAGACUUUUGUGCGUAGUACUGACAAGCGCCUUGACAACCUUAACGGAAGUCAUUAUCAGAGUCAACCCUUUGUGGACUCUGAUUAGGAUUCCCAUCAAGACUGUUGAACAUUUCUGCUCAGAACUACUCUCGCACGGACAACCAGACUACAUGAUUAAAUGCUACUCACAGGGUUAAACCAUCUUCUGUAUUGCUGUCAAGAUCACAGAAUAUUUUUUUUAUAACUUUUUGUGGUGUGUUCUUGGAAGUGGUUCUAGAUAUAAAUACGUAGCUUAGAAUGUAAAAAAGGAGAACUUUACUAUAUCGUUUCUUCUUGAUGUUGAUGAUGACUUCCAGUUCAGGUUGACAAAAUGUGAGUCUCUGACAACACCCCUUUUCAGGAUCACCCUCACUUGUAUGAUCACACAGUAAUGUCAUCAAUUUUGCUUGAUUUGUUUUCAGGUGUGUGGUCGGUGUGUACAGUGCAAAAAUUGUGGGAGAAGAACUGCUGGAGAUGUAAGUUUCUAAUUUUGUUUUAAAUUGAAAUCCAGCUCUCUACAUUUUACCUUAGUUUCACCUUCAAGUAUAGUAAUCCAGACAUAUUAAGCCAGUGUACAAUAAAGCAUUGUAGUCAUCUGAAAUUGCUACUUACUGAGAACUGGGAACUGUUUUUCUUGUAGAAUCCUGAAGCUAUGUGGAUGCUAGAAUUCACACACUGUCAAGAAUGUGGCAAGCAGAGACAACAGAAUAACUUUUGUCCCCUCUGUGAUAAAUGCUACUCUGAUGAUGACUUUGAAUCUAAAAUGGUUCACUGUGUCAAGUGUGAUCACUGGGUGCAUGCAGAAUGUCAAGGAAUCACAGUUGAUCAGUAUGAGUGUCUGACAGACUUACCAGAGGAAGUGCAGUUCAUUUGUAGGCGCUGUUACGAAGAUCAGGUAUCUUCUCCCUGGUAUAAAGAACUGAUGGAGGAAAUGGAGGCAGGAUAUGAGAGGGUAAUUAUAAUCAGUAGAUGAGUUUUUAUCAUUGCAUGUUACGACUGUAGAAGAUUGUGGACUCGCCAUUGUGGCCCAACAUCAAACUUUGUGGACUCUGCAUUUGAAGGUGCAGAUUCUAGCCCUGGUGGGGUCACUUUCAACUCUGCCCUACCCUCCCUCCCACUCUUCCCCCCCCCCCACAGUAAUAAAGAUUCUGAGUACUAGCAAAUUGCUAAGGAAAAGUGACAUUUUGUUUUGAUCUACACAGAUUGUGGAGGAAAUCAAAAGUUGCAAGGCUUAUGAACCAUUCAAGUCUCAUUUUGAACAGGUACAACGAGUACAGCAAUGGAAAUUUUGAGUGAAUACUUGUAAUUUUAGCCAACAUAGUCCAGCAGGUCUGAUUUGUAAACCUGACCUCCUGAGGAUUAAGUCUGAGACCAGGUUCUUGUCCUCACUUUGCACAUUUUGUGCAGCCUCCCUCCUGCUGAAUCAUCCAAUUUGUAGGCCUACCAAUAAGGUGAUUUCAUGCAUAAUAUGCCUGAAGUUUCAAUGGCUCAAUGGUUAAUGUAUCAGAGUUCAUGUUCAAGCCUUAGCCAGGCUCAUUAUUUUGUAUACUUGGGCAGUUACUCUUUAGUUUCAUUGAGCUUCUCUCCUCCUCCUUAAUGCAACAGCUUGAAGCAGAUAAUGGAUAUCCAAAGGACUUUGAAGUAAUUUCAGCAAAAGUGAAAGAUAAGAAGUACACCAGUGUGGUGAGUGCCUGUUGAAAAAUUGUGUUUAUUUGAAAGACGACAGUUGAAUUAUGUUUGAAGUUCCACCUAUGAUGAACUAGAAGGAAAAACCAUGGUAUUACAUGUCAACAAGGGGCUGUAUUACAAUGUUUAGAGUCACUUUUACUACAAAAAAAGUCAUUUGUGGAAGUCUCCUCUAAAUGUGUGAAAACCUUGACUUGACAGUCUUCUGCAGUAGAGAAACAUCAGAUGGAUAAGAAUGACAAUCCUAACUGCUAUUUUAUGCAGAAGUUUUAACCCUUUACCCUAAGAGUGACUAGCUUCCAAUUUCUCCUUACAAUAUCACCCCUGAAUCAGACAUGAAAGUCACGAGCAUAAAAGAAAUGUUCACCAAUUAAAACAGCUUUUGAUUGUUAAGCAAAUUCUCCUUGUCGGCACCUUAGGGAAUGUAUAGAGAACAGUAUGGAGAAUAUGCUUACUGAUGUAAGGGUGUACAGGGUUCAUAGAAGGGAAGACAACACCCAUGAAGAGUUAAUGACAUCCUUCUUGUGUUCCUCUUCAACAGGAAAGCUUUUGCGAUGACAUUACGAAAGUUCUGGACAGGGUUUAUAGACUUGUGGAAACAGACUCUGUUUUGACCAGACAGUGGUCCUCUCUUUACUAUACUUUUUGCAAGGUUUGUUUAUCAUCAGUCUAGCGUUUACAUGUAUUGUAGAAUGGGUGGGACUGUAGGGGUAUUUUAAGAUUGCCCGGAAGGAAAAGCGGGUGUAUUUUCCACCCAAUCAUGAUAGAGCAAGGGUGUAGCUGGGGGGGGGUUGUCCUGGGGUACCCGUGAUUCUUUCCCCCCCUCCCCCCAUGUAAGCCUUUUCGUCACAAUAAAUUAAACACGGCAUUCAGGUCGAAAUAGCAAUCUGUUAGGAAUAGCAGCAUUUCAAAUUAAAAAAUAUGUUAAGGUAUCAAUGUUUUGUGACUUACAACCUGUUUUGCAAUUCUAAUAUUUCUUUGCUGCUCUCAGUCGUUUUAAAAGGUAUAAAGUCGCCCACGGGCUUACAUUGGAGGGGAGGCACCGUACAUUUUGAUACUUAGAAUGGGUUUGUGGAGUAGGACUUGGGCAUGUAGCUGCAAACCAUACAGAAUCUACAAAAUCAAAACACCAUUUUCCUUUUCAUUUUGUAGGAACUAGUGGCAAUGUUUCCUUGGCACAAGCUUAAAAGUACAGUGAAUUCCGAGGAACACGAGGAGAUCGCACAACCACGUCUUAAAAAGUAAGCUUUUAUAAUAACGCAUACUGCAGAACCGGAACGAAAAAUUUGUUUUUUUCAAUGGAACUUAUUGGUGAAUUCUGAUGGCUGAAACAAUUAUAUGUUCAUGAGGCAAACGGCCCAUCGCACCGCAGCUUUUCUCGGUUUCAGGAGCACAAAGAGACCCCCCCCCCCCUGCGGGGAAAGAAUGGUAGUUUGGGGCAGGGUGAUCCCCUUCCAAUGUUUCAUCACCUUCCCUCGACUGCAUUGCUGGGAUUCCUUGGGUUACCUUUCGAUACGUUUAAUCAUUAGUCUAGAAAUUCCACGUCACUUUUUCAACCAAUCAAAUUUUGAAAUAUAAAGCUGAAACCACUUGCCACUGGGUCACGUGUCGUUAGUUUGAGCCGUCAUUUACUUUUUCUGAUAUUUUCCUUUGUUCUGAUUGGCCGAUGAAAUUGCUUUGGGUUUGGUAUGACGACACUCUAUGGAGAGGGGCUCUGUAUUUUAAUCGACAGUCUUAGUUAAUCCCAACCGAUCGUUUUACACCUUUCUUGCAGUGGAAUCAUUGGAACUGCUAUUCCUUACGAAGUCUGGGAUCACUCAUACGUUUCCUUAAAAAGCAACCAAGAAAAGUCUGAUUCCACACUUGUUGGAAAAUCUCAGCCUUCUUCUUCAGAGGCUCUACAGAUGAACUCAUCACAGAACGAAAAUUGUAAGUCUUGAAAAAAACUCAUUGCUCUCUUAGGAGACUGUAAACAGUAUAUGUGGUAGAAAACUUUUAGAUAUUACUAACGUGCUGAAUUGUGAACAUUUAUGCCAUCUGUUGUAAACGAAUUAGAUGGGGGAAUGCCGGUGAAACAUUGAUUGGAUAUUUCAUUUUUAUUUAGCCCUUAAAUCAUUAAAAGUGAUGAUAAUUUAACACAUUCUCACAAUUUCAAUGCGGCAUCGAACAAAUCAAAUCAUGAAAGAACGGCUGUCUUUUUUUAUUUACAAUUUAUUUAUCAUGAUAUACAGAAACACCAAUUUGUGAACUGAUAUACAAGAAAAUUUGUGGCGUCUAAAACAGAGAAUUACCACAAUUAGAUCUCGAGGGUAGAAGAAUCAGAGAGCAGGUAUGGUGUAGUGGUUAGAGCGCUCGCCUCUCGCCGCUGUGGCCUGGGUUCGAUUCCCAUACACGGCGUCACAUGUGCCAUACCUUGCUUGAGUUUGAGUCGUUGGUUUUCUUCCCUACUCAGAGAGUUUUCCUCCUAUUUCCAUCCAAAGAGUUUUCCUCCGGUUUCCCUCCCUCCACAAAAACCAACGUGCAAAAUUCCAGUUCGGCCUGAUUACCGUGGACAAGAGGAGUCACCUCGUGGAAUGUCCAUUGCUUAAUAUCAUCGUUGAAGAUGGAGUUGUCUGAAUUUGUCUGUCGUUAAUUUGUAGGUGAAGUUGAAAAGAUGGAACCAGACACGGAAAACGAUCUGCAGGAAGAAAACGUCACGAACGAGGAGCCUAUGGAAAUUGAUACCAAUGACGAUGAACAGCAACAACUAAAACAAUUCCUGCAACUGAAGCAACACCAACAACCACAGCAAGCAACUGACAUGGUAGGGUAUAACUCAUUGUAUGGUUUUUGUGUAAGAUGCUAGAAUGGAGGCGUGGUGUCCAAGUGGUAAGCGCGCUGGAAUUUGGCUUGAAAAUUCCGGCUUCGAGCACCAGCCAGGUCAUUGUGUUCACGGAUUCUUGGGAGGGGAACUUGACUCUUACGGUGCCCCACCCCCUGCCUCCUCCCCAGGGGUUUAACUGAAUACUAGUGCUUUGUCAGGGAAGCCUGACGAAAUGCUGGAGGAGUGGGAGGGGGAGUAGGGUGGGUGGGUGUUAGACUGGCGGGGGACUUGCAUCCAUCCAUGGAGUAAGAAAGAACUUCUGAGCGCCUCAUGCUGUAGAGACUGUGUUAGCAUCUAACAGUUCUACGACGUGCGAGUCAUCUUAGUAUGCAGACUUAAAUUUCAUUAAGACCCGUUCCUCGGGAUGGUUUAAGUUAACUUUGAAUGACUCGGCCCCGAAAACGAAGUGUUGGAGAAAAGGGAAAAUUCAAUUUGCGUAUGAUAAUUUUUUCAGGAGGAUACCAGAAAGUGUCUUCUGUGUGGUUCGAUGCGUGAUGCCGAACCUUCCAAGGCAGGCCGGCUUCUCACUAGUGGUUUGGAUGAAUGGGUGCAUGUCAAUUGUGGUCUGUGGUCAGCGGAAGUAUUUGAAGAUGACGAGGGUCGCCUACAGAAUGUUCAAGUGGCGAUAUCACGUGGAAAACAAAUGGUAUUUGCCGUGUUUUUUCAUUCAUUUGGUUUUCACAUUUAUCUUCUAAGUAAUUGCAAAUUUAUCAAAGUGACGACUUAAUGUUAACAGGUCAAGUGUGACUGAAGAAGUCGAAUUAAUUGAGGCCUGAUAGAAAACGGGAUUUGUUGGAGCUUAACCAUUGUUUUCCUGCAGUGGUGUUUAAGUGAAUUUGAAAUAAAUGAAUUAACUUACUCCUACAAAGUGAUUCCAGCAUAUUUGAGAUGAUAUUCAACUGUUGUGAUUUUUACAAGGACUUUUUUUUUUCCUUUUUCCUUUACUAUCGCGAUUUUACAAACUUUGUCGGUCACGUUCUUGCCGCAUUCUCAUCCCAAACAAUCGAUUUAUCUUCCUAUGUAGAAAUGUGAACAUUGUGGUGAGGUUGGAGCCACUGUGGGCUGUUGUGAACCUCGCUGUCCAAUGAAUUAUCAUUUUAUGUGCGCACGAAAUGCUAAAGCCGAGUUCCAAGACGACAAGAAGGUGUACUGUGCUCAACAUUCCUUCAGGACCAAAAAGGAGGUUAGUCGUUUUUUUUACUCCCAAAGCACGUAUCACUUAGCAGUAACAGCGUUAAACCGAUAAGGCAUGCGCAAGGGGAUCAAUCUUGGCCGGCUGCACGCCAAUUUCCCACGCGGAUUACUCUCGAAUUUCAUUUGGGAAAUUUUAUGGAGUAAACUGAUGAAUUAUACCUUAUUUUACUAAAUAUGAUAAUAAUUCCUGUUGUCAGUUGGUGAUGGUAAAUGACGACUUUUGUGUGGAACGACGAGUUUGUGUGGACAUGGGCAAAAUCCGAGCCACAAAGAAAUUGUCAAGAGGAUUUGAACCUCACAACAUCACCCUUGUACAAGGUAACGUGCUUACAUAAAACGAGAUUAAAAUGUGGAAUUACAACAUUUUGAAGAUUCAAUUAAAAGCCAGCUGAGGGAAAUGAAUCAUUUAAAUAUUAGAUUCUUAAUACUUUUGAUUUUCUUUUAGGGUCUCUUACUCUGGAAGACAUGGGCAAACUAAGUGAACAUUCCGACACCAAACAAACUCUGUAUCCCAUUAAUUUCAGGUACGUAGUAUAAUCUUAUCACUGUACUGUAGCCUCCUUUACGCUCUCCUUCCAACUCAAGUUGUAAGUCAUGUAUCACAAUUUUACCGUAGCUUGAAGUGAUUCGAAUGGUUUCAUUCAUGGGUUGCUUUUUCUUCGCAAACCUUCCCUUAGUUUUCUCUAAUGGUUCGCCAAUAUCCAAACAUACUCCAAGUUGGAGAGAAGCACUGUGAAUAGAAGUGUUUUGUUUCAGAGCACGACAAAAUGACCCAAGCGGUCUUCAAUUCAGGAUCUUUCCAUCUUGCAUGGUUGCUGUAGAUCAGGAAAAAUAAAUUUCUUCAAGGUCAGGGAAAAGUCCGGGGAUUUCAUUUUGAGUCAGGGAAAAUUUACGUCCUAGAAUAGAAGGGCAUGGAAAAGUGAAAUGUCAAAUAAAAUAUGGAGUGGUUCAGCCUGUCAUGAUGAAAGAUGGUGACGCUUGCUGAAGGCAUCACUUUGUGGGUGGACAGGAUGGCUGUGAGGGGAGGUUCAACUUUGGAGGUCAUCACCAGGACUCGUUUGUGAAAUUGUUAACGCAGUUGAUCAGGGAAAUUUUACGUUUGUUUUUGAAAAGUUAGUGAAUUUAAAAAACGUAUGACUUUGGCAAUCAUGUCUUGGGUCCAUGUUUUUUUAUAUUGACUUUGCUUUUCAUCUUUCACGUAGAAUCAGUCGGUUGUACUGGAGUGUUAAGGAUCCAACUAAAAGAUGCCGUUAUUACUGCACAACGAAAGAGAAAACACUUGAAUCAAUGCAAAGAAGGCAACAGGAAAUUAAGGAGUCGAUAGAUCAGGAACACUUACACAAAGUUAUUUCUCACGAAGAAUUAAACAAGAAAGACAAAACGCCAAAAAUCACGUCUGCAUCUCACGGAGAUAUCAAAAACUCAGCACAACCUCGACAAAAUAACAAAACGACCGACUACUUAAAUAGUUCUUAUGGAAAGAAACUGAAAAGAAUAGCACCUCAUCCAGGACCCGGGAUUGUGAAUCACUCUGUUUUUCCGGGAGUUCUGUUUAAUGAAACAACACACCUGUCCAAGCUAAGAAGAAUCCUACCAGCUCCUCAAAAACCUUUGCCUUCUUCACCAACGAAUUCUCCAAGGAAACUCCUCGAGCAUUUAAAUCGACAAACAAGCCAUUUACCAUCCAUUCUUAAUCCUGUUCGUGUGGAAAAAUCUCCGUCACCCGUCUUACCAAGUGCUCCUGCGCAGAAAGCCGCGCCUCAGAGAUGUAGAAAGACACCGCCAUCCGUGAAAAGGACGAUGAGUUUUGAGGAGUCGAUUCCUCAAACAGUCAGGCAGAUAAACUGCGAUCACGAAGUAGUAGCUAAGGCAGGAGAUGAAGAGCUAUUAAAUUCGCCCAUAAAAGAAAUAUCUCCCAAGUCUUGGUUAGUGAAGCUUCGGGAGAGAGAAAAUUCUGCACAAUCCGAGCAACCUCAUGUGUCUUUUGAAAUCACAAGUGAUGAAGGAGUGAAGGUCGAGGCGAAUACAUGUGAAAGUAUGUUUAGUUGUUGAUAUUUCUGUCAACAUUGCUUGGCACUAGCGUACUUGAUACUCCUCCUUUGGACAAUAGAGUCUUACUUUGGACCCUUGUGUCCGAUUUGGGGCACUAGUGUACAAUUUUGGACACAACCGUCUGAUUUUGUGAUACAAGUGUCUGAUUUUGGACAUUAAUAUCCGAUUUUAGACACUAGUGUCCGAUUCUAGACGAUAGUGUCCGAUUUUAGGCACUGGCGGCCGUUUUUAGACACCAAUUUCCGAUAUUGAAUAGUAGUGCUUGAUUUCGGACACUGGUGUCCGUUAACCGGCCGUUAUUUCGUGCCCUGUCAAUCAAUUUGAAGAUAACGUUCCUUCUGAUAUUCACCAUUUUUCUGAUGAGCUUUUUCGUUUACUUUUGUUUUGUUUUGUUUUGUUUUUUUCAUGUUUCUAGCUGCUUGGAAGCAAGUCUUUGAAAAGGUUCAGGAAGCCAGGAUAGAUCGUCGCAUGAAACUGGUUCCGUUUGCAGGUUCUGUCAACUGCCCUUUUCAUAUUCAUUAUCAUCUGUGCUGCCUGAUUUUCGUUAUCCUUUUUGCGAUCCUACGUUUUUAUGCAUUAAACGAAGCAACUGAUGUAUUUGAUUUUGGUUCUUCAGGUGUAAAUGGCAAAGCAAUGUUUGGUGUUCGUCAGGUGAGUUGAUAACCCAUACCUGAGAAAGUUUUGUUACAGUUCAUUUGUUCUUUUUUGCCCUUUUUCUACGGCUUCAGGAUAUUCCUCAUUUUCGCAGGUACAUGAGAGGUUAUUGCAAACUGUAACUCCAUCUGGCCAAUCAGAACGUAGAAAUCCCUGGCUCACGUGCCAGGUUUCUUGCAUACUGCUAGGAUCAGCAUUGUCGUAAAUGUUGGGGGGGAAGAAUGAUGGUAAAUCUUUAAUUUUUUAUCCUUAAUCCCCUCAGGAAUCUGUCGUGUCUAUGUUAGAGCAGCUACCUGGAGCCCAUCAACUGAAGCAAUAUUCCUUCAAAUAUAAUCCACCAUUUGACAAUAGCAAUUUGGAAGAAACGCAGGUAAAGUCUGCAAAGAUGCAUUAGGCUACGUCCACACUUAAGCGGAGAAAUUUGAAAAGGCCACUUUAUUGAUACGGCUGGGUAAUGCAAUCCAGCUGUUCGGCGGUUUCAUCGCUGGUGAAUGGUACAUUUCAAACUGAUCGGGCGCGGUGUGAGCGCAAAAUGUUUUCUGUGUGAACAAGCGUGAAUGCAAAACGUUUGUUACGUUCGCUUCGUGAAAACACUUAGCUCAAUUUAUCUAACCUGUCGUGCACAUGGCCUUAAUGGAAGACCGUAAUGGGAAGUCAAUUACUGGUUCGAUUUCAAGGCUAAAUUUUUUAACGUAUCGUAAGCUCAAGUAAUGUUACAAUCAAAUACUUCAGAAUAGUGCAAAUGGAUAAGUCUUGAGUACUUCAAAGGAAAUUGCGAUAUUUCAAAGUCUGUUAAAACAAGCGCACUUUCUUUUAACCCUUAAACUCCCAGAAGUGAUUAAUAUAUAACUGCUCCCUGUAAUAUUCUUACAUUAUCCAGUAAACAGGUAAUGAGAAUACCCAAAAUUUUCAGGUUAAAGUGAUUAUCUUGAUCAACACCAAGUUCUCGUAACCACUUUACGAGGAAAUGUAUCGUAGCUACAAAGGAGAAUUAACAGUUAGAUCUUGGGAGUUAAAGGGUUCACUAGAAAGAAGAAUUUUUUCCUUACCUCUUAAACUCAACUCUCCCACAGGCUUUGAAAGAGAAUCCACACGGCUGUGCAAGAGCUGAAAUGUUCCACAGGUUUGGAAACCUAAAAACUCUUUUUUUGGAUAAAUGGAUAAUUUAUACUAUCAAGUCAAAUGAGUUUAUACUUGUUGAAAGCGACUCGUACAUAUCUGUAAUAUCGACAUGCUAAGGACCUUUUACGUUCUGGUAAUAGAGACAGCAGUAAUCACUUUCAUUGAUUUUGUUUCUCCUUUUUUUCAACAGAAACAAAAAGUAUGAUAUGUUCGCGUUCCUAGCGUCGAGUCACCGCGUCGCUCCACAAUUAGAAGAAAGUGCGGAGGAACAGGAGAGCGCUGAACAAGCGCGUGAUGGACCUCUGUCCGUGAAGUACGUUAGAACUCUACGGAUGCUAAAGAAAACCUCUUCCUUGGGGGUUUAAACUGAAUCAUCUCAUACUAGGUUUUGUAACGUAAAUUAGAAGAACUGAAUUUGGACUUCUGUAUAUACCAGCACAAACAGAUGAGAGUAUUGCUCGCUAGUUCCCAUUGCGAUGGUCACUUACUAGGCUUUCAUAUGUAAAAGGGAAAGAAAGAACCACCUCGCAUAGUGUAAUGUCCUGGCAAUGGGACCGAAUCCCCAAGUAAAUUAUUGAUUUUAUUAUUAACUUACUUAAAGUUCAUUUCAACCAUUAUUUUACAGGCGCCCGACAUGUUUGGAUCUACCAAUGGCCAUGAGGUACCGCCACCUUAAACAGUGUUCCUUUAACAAAGACGCUGUUGCUGUUUACAGGUACGUGUGCAUCUCUUAAAAAUUGUGAUAAUCGAAUGGUAGCUACCGCUGGCUGAGCUGCCCGACCACAUGUCACUCAAAGUUUCUUUUUCAGAGCUGAAUAGGUCUGCGCAUGCGGUAGCCUUAAGCGCGGAAAACGGAUGUUGAAUCGUUUGCAUGUUUGAAUUUCCAUUCUGUUGCUUCGAGGCGUUGUUUCCCCUGCCGCAUUUCUUUUACAUAAUAACCUCCAAAAACUUUGUAAACCCCCUAAAUAUUUUCAAACAUUGAUUUUUUUUCCCUUAAAAACAUUGGAAAUAGUGAAAUGCCUUCAACGACAGCAAAAUGCCUCCGUUUUGAAUUCCAGCCCCUUUUCUUUUUUUCACGAAGUUCGCUGAAUUUUAAACCGCGUGCGUUUGAGCCCGCGUUAUUGACUGUAUACCUGUGACGUGGCAUUUCGUUAUUCAACUCUGCCGACUCUAUUCAUAUUUUUCGCUCAUAAGUUUUUUUUCGCUUGAAUCUAAGGUCCCCAAUUCAUGGUCGAGGAUUAUUCUGCACCCGUAAUAUCGCCGCUGGUGAAAUGGUGAUUGAGUAUUCUGGAAUGCUGGUUCGUUCUGUUCUCACUGACAAGAGAGAGAAGUAUUACGAAAGCAAGGUAGGUAAUCACAUUUACCUGACAUGAGUUACGUUCUUAACAUUACCAUCUGCGCGGUUAGUUAUAAUUAUAGGCUAAUCUUAUAUUAUGGGUAAUUAAUACUUACAGUCUGUCAACUUACUGUCUGUCAAACAAUUCUUAUGCUUUCAGUUCAGAGAAUUUGUUAUUAGAUCGACCAACCAUCACCCUAAUGAACAUUUUUCUUAAUUCUCGUCACUGGACUACAUUUUACAGUAAUGAUGUUGUAAGGAGAUAUUCUGUCUUGAUCACUCUUGGGAGUUUAAGGUUUAAAGAGGAAGUAUCCUAGGAACAGUGGUGAUUAUGAUUUGAUAAUUUUGGUUAGAGACUGAUUCCUUCUUAAGGAUCUAAAGCUUCUUUCACCUCUAUCUUUUCAGGGUAUCGGGUGUUACAUGUUUCGUGUCGACGGGACAUAUGUCGUUGACGCCACGAUGUGCGGAAACGCAGCUCGUUUCAUCAAUCAUUCUUGCGACGUAAAUAUAAUUCUUUGUUUUUACUAUAUUUCGUUCAAAGGGUUGUUUUAGGUGGUAAGGCAAAAGAGUUCCCAAGUUGAAAAGACUUGUGAAAUUUUGGCUUUAAGUACCCGGUUUGUUUAGUUUCGAGGCUGGGAGGGGGGAGGGGACUCUAAGCGGUGGUUAGGUGGGUGGGUGCGAUAACUGGAGUUUCGCGGUACUCAGUACUGCCAAUUACGCGUGUAGAAUGUAUCUUUUGAUUGUACAGGAAUGAUGUAGAAACGCUUAUUCAACCAUAUGUAUGACCAGUUGCUUGACUCGAUGUUGUAAAGGGUGAACAAGGAUCUACUUCUCUAGUGUUAUUUGAAUUUUUAAGCCAAGCUACGUAUAAAUCACCGCGCUUUCUAUCUCGCUCUCACUUUGAACGAUAAUAUAAGAGAAAAUACAAUAUAAUGAACAGACUUUCCCCGAUGUUUAUUAAGUAAUGUGUUUCCUUUACACUUUAGUCAAACUGCUUUUCUCGAGUCAUCACUGUGGACGGUCAAAAGAAAAUUAUUAUCUUUGCUUCCAGAAGGUAUGUAUAAAAAAAAAGUUGUUUAGUCAGGUUGAAUUUUUUUCCAAGGGUUAUGUUAUCGGUAUUGUUGGCUGACACACGUUUAGUUUGUUAUCGCUUUUCCUCUAUCAGGCGGAGAAAGCUAAAAUUAGUAAGAGGCCUGUUUACUUACGCUAAACCGCUUUGAAACAGUAUCUUGUAAUUGUAUUUUGAUUUGAAGAGCAUAUCUCGUCGUAAAAUCCAAACUGAAGUAAUUUUGACAGCCAGUGAGAGCGAAGUAUGAUAGCAAGUGAACUGCCGGAAGCGCGGGAAAACGCGAGUGACUAAGAAGCUGUUAAUUUUUCUUCUGAUUGGUUGAGAUGGUGGCGUAAGUUUUCUAGGCCAAUCACAGAGCAAAGUAUAGCAAAUCUAAAGCAAUCCUGGAUUAUUUUCAACACGCACUUAAAUAUUUCCAAGCUUACACUCCGACUUUGGAUACAUAGCUUCCCACCCACAAAUUUUUCGAACAUUACCACGUUAAGUCCUCUCGUCUGUACGCGACUAAAUUGGAUUAUUCAAUUUCUUCCUUUCAGUAUUUCCAGAGGAGAAGAGUUGACUUAUGACUACAAGUUUCCUAUCGAAGACGAGAAGUUACCUUGUUUGUGCCACUCAAAACACUGUCGCAAAUACCUCAAUUAACUAUCCUUUCCCUCCCCUGAAACUUUCCAAAGCUGGAUCUUUUUUGUCAAAUCGAAUUUUAUUUAUGAACCAAGUGUACAUAAUAAGAUGUAAAAUAUUUGUCUUUGCUCUGUAAAAGCUUAUUUACAGCAUCCCAGCUCUUUAUGAUAUUUACUAUAUAUUUGAGGGGGUUUUUCUCUCUAAGUGAUAUAUCUUGUCUGCAAUGGAUUUGUAAUAAUUUGAGCGCAGUAAUAUAUGACAAAUCUGAGAGAAAUGAUGUCAUGUUUCAGUGCAAUAAAUUAUCAGUAUUUACGGAAAUAAAUUUUUAAGUAAGAUGCC